CCACAAGCAAGCCCCCCAGAGACAGCAGAAUACGACGACGAGGGCCAGGAACACUCUUCCGUCUCACCAGCCCUGCGCUUUUCUGGAGCAUUCCAAAGCCCCAUGAAAGCCCAAAACCCACCUCCCACCCUGCAGCGCGUCUCCCCAAUCCCCUCCUCAAUCUUCGUAUCCUUCGAUUAGGUCGGAUUCCUCCUCUGUCUGCUUCACAUUCUCGCAUUCUGUCGUCUUCACUCCAAUUCUCCGCUCCCCCUCCUCCUUCCUUCGCAUUGUAGCGCGUCCGCAUUCGCAUUCGCAUUCGCAUCCGCAUCGCUAUUGCAGUUUGGAUUCAAUCCACCGCCAUGGCUGCCCAGGUUGGAAUGGCUCUCAACGCCCAGACCUGCAAAUUGGCCUCCUUUCAGGGCCUCAGGGCUACCCCCGCGCGCUCUGCCCAGCUCAACCCUAGCCAGGUCUCCUUCACUGCCCCCUCCCGCAGCAGGUGCGUCGCCGUGCGCGCUGUCGCGGCCGUGGCGCCCAAGUUCGCCACGCUCAAACCCCUGGGCGACCGCAUCCUCGUCAAGAUUCAGACCGUGGAGGAAAAGAGCUCGGGCGGCAUCCUGCUGCCCACCACGGCGCAGACCAAGCCCCAGGGCGGGCAGGUGGUGGCCGUGGGCGACGGCAAGUCGCUGGGCGACAAGAAGCUGGAGCCCGCGGUGAAGACGGGCGCGCAGAUCGUGUACUCCAAGUACGCGGGCACGGAAGUGGAGUUCAACGGCGAGCCGCACCUCCUGCUCAAGGAGGACGACGUCGUGGGUCUGCUGUCCACGGACGACGUGAAGGACCUGGAGCCGGCCAACGAUCGCGUGCUCAUUCGCGUGACGGAGAUGGAGUCCAAGACUUCGGGGGGCGUGUUGCUCACGGACAGCGCCAAGGAGAAGCCCGUGAUCGGGUCGGUGGUGGCGACGGGGCCGGGUGCCUACGGCGAGGACGGCGAGCGGAGGCCGCUGGAGGUGCAGAAGGGCAACACGGUGCUCUACUCCAAGUACGCGGGCAACGAGUUCAAGGGUAAGGACGGGACGCAGUACGUGGUGCUCAGGGUGCAGGACAUCCUCGCCGUGCUCUCGUAGUUUAGACCAAUUUAUCCUUGUUUCGUUUCGAGAGUAGGUUUUGGUAGUUGUUGGAUAUUUAGAUUGCAGCCGGAUUCCGGUUGUCUUUUUUAGGUGACGGAUACUGGUUAGGGGUGGAACUCGUUGCAGAAGAACUGCGAUGGUCGUCGGAGUCAUCGCUGAGGUCGUGCAUUGCGAGGGUUAUACUGAAAUGAAUGUAUUGCAAUGAAUGAGAAUGCGGCUGAUGAUGGCCUUUUCGCUCGAUU